CAGCAGCUAAAGAGGGUGCAGAGGACAGCAGCUUGCUCCAGUGAUAGAGACACAGAAGAGCUCUGCUCUCUGGCCACACCUACACCUGCAGCAGUCUUACUAGUAAGAAAGGGAAGAGACCUCUGUCCCCAGGUUGCGUGCCAGCAUCUCACAUGCAUCCUUCUGACAACAUCACCAUCGACAAUUGGCAGUGACACACACACACAGGUCUCUGACACCACCUGCAUCCAACUUAUGGCGCUCUGCGCCCAGAUGACAUGCAUGGGAAUGCAAUGCAGCUCAUGUCUCCUCCGCAUGCUUCAUGCAUCCGCCGUUGCAACCCCAAUAUGAAAGACUCGGCCUGCGGGAACCAUCUCUUGAAGCUUCUGUUAGGUUUCCUGUGAUCAUGAGUGGCAUGAGCAGUAGUUACCCCUUCACUCCAUCUCAAUGGCAGGAGCUGGAGCAGCAGAGACUCUUCUACAGAUACAUGGUCUCGGGCAUCCCCAACCCUUGGGAUCUCAGCCUUCGGAUCAGGAGGAGCUUCUUGUUGGAACCCACCACCAUGAUCUCACCAACAGUAGCCUACCCUCCCCACCUUCACUUGUGUUGGGGCAGAGUUCGACUGGGCGUUGGCAGGGAAGGAGAGGAUACAGAACCAGGGAGGUGCAGAAGAACAGAUGGGAAGAAGUGGAGGUGCUCUAAGGAGGCCUUCCCAGGCUCCAAGUACUGUGAGAAGCACAUGCACAGAGGCAAGAACCGCUCAAGAAAGCCAGUCGAGAUGUCUUUGGCCGACAACCUCUCCACCACUGCCCAGCCGCCUUCCUCCUUCUCCUCCACCACCACCAAAUCCUCCACCUCCAAUACCCCCUGUCAUCACCAUCCUUAUCAUCUCCCUGUCCCGGCACCAGAAGUUUCCAGUUUCCAGACGUGUCCCUCUUCAAAAUCUCAGCAUAACACACCAACCUACAACUCAGCUGACAAUGCCUACAGGUACCAGCACGGAAUGAAGAGCGUUGAUGAACACUUCUCAGAAGCUGCAGGAGGUGAAAGGAAGAAUUCUUCGCGAUUUAGGCCGCUGGGAAUGAAUUCUUUGGUUGGAAAAGGACACAUGGCCUUCGUUCCUCAGCAAAGCACUUCCUCCCACUCCAGAAUAGAUCUUCCAAGGGAAGAAAAACCACAACAUUGCUUCGUUUUGGGUACUGACCUCAAGCUGGAGAAACCUGCAACAGUGGAGGCCAAACAGAAGCCCCUUCUCCAUUUCUUGGAUGAGCGGCCUACGACGAGCAACACCUUGUGCUUGGAUUCCAAGGCAGAUCAUUCCAAGACCCAGCUUUCCAUCUCCAUCCCAGUGGCCUAUCAUGACUUCCCGGCCUUCAAAUCUGGAUUCAACAGAGGUGCACGCACUUGCCACUGCUAAAACUGUUCUUCUAUCCGUCGUAUCAUUGUUCUUCGAGUCAUUUGCCUCUCUUACCAUCAUCAUCAUCAUCAUCACUCUUUUUAAAUUCACUGUGUUGCAGAAUGGACCUGAUAGCCCCUCGUCCUGCAAGUUGGGUAUCUCAAGAGCUCAUCAAAGCACCAUGUUUCUUGUGUUCUGAUCACUGUUUCGUGUUUGAUCCAUAAAUAUUAAUUACUACGGCGUCUUUGGUUUGUCUACGAUGUAUCCUUAGAACAGCUUCUUCAACUAUAUGAAGAACCAAAGAGGCAGCCGACUGAGAACGCUAUAGAACUUCAUCUGUCACUUUCA